AGCUGGGCAGUUGAACAAAGCUUGAAAAGGAUGGUCAUCGGAGUGAUGGGAUAAACUAAACGCGCGAUCUGUUUUUUGGAAUCACAUAACAGAAUCCUGCUAGUCAUUUAAAGUUUUUUAUUUAAACAUCAUGAGCAAAAUUUAAUCUCUGAGUAACACAGCCGUGUUUUUUAGCCUACAUGAGUCUAUGGGAAAAAUCUCAGCGGAGAUUUACUUUUAUGCAAGAAUCUUUUAUGUGAAACUUCUAGAGAUGAAGGAAAAAUGCAAGAACGCAGCGAAGACGCGGAGAGAAAAAGAGAACGGAGAGUUUUAUGAGCUGGCCAAACUGCUGCCUCUGCCGGCGGCCAUCACCUCCCAGCUUGACAAGGCCUCCAUCAUCCGACUAACCAGCAGUUACCUCAAGAUGAGGGCAGUCUUCCCUGACGGUCUGGGUGAUGGAUGGGGUCAGUCAACAAGGUUCAGUCCUCUGGACAGCAUGGCCAAAGAACUGGGUUCCCACCUUUUACAAACUCUGGAUGGCUUUGUGUUUGUUGUUGCCUCUGAUGGCAAAAUCAUGUACAUCUCUGAAACAGCGUCGGUCCACCUUGGCCUUUCCCAGGUGGAGCUAACAGGAAACAGUAUAUUUGAGUACAUCCAUCCAUCAGACCAUGAUGAGAUGACAGCAGUGCUGGGUCUUUGCCAGCCCCCACACCAUCACUUCUCUCCAGAGUAUGAAAUAGAGCGCUCCUUCUUCUUGAGGAUGAAGUGUGUUCUUGCUAAACGAAAUGCAGGACUCACAUGUGGGGGAUAUAAGGUCAUCCACUGCAGCGGCUACCUGAAAGUGCGUCAGUACAUGGUGGACAUGGUGCUGUAUGAAUCCAGUUAUCAGACUGUAGGCUUGGUAGCAGUUGGUCACUCCUUGCCCCCCAGUGGUAUCACCGAGAUCAAACUCCACAGCAACAUGUUCAUGUUCCGGGCCAGCCUGGACUUAAAACUCAUUUUCUUGGACACAAGGGUGGCAGAGCUGACAGGCUAUGAGCCUCAGGACCUGAUAGAGAAGACUCUCUACCACCACGUUCAUGCCUGUGACGUUUUCCAUCUACGCUAUGCUCACCAUUUAUUAUUGGUGAAGGGGCAGGUAACCACUAAGUACUAUCGUAUGUUAUCAAAACAUGGAGGCUGGGUGUGGGUGCAGAGCUACGCCACCAUUGUCCAUAACAGCCGCUCCUCCAGACCUCACUGUAUUGUCAGUGUGAACUACGUCCUCACUGACAUCGAGUGCAAGGAGCUGCAGUUGUCUGAAGACCAGAGUCGAGCUGCUAAAUCUGGUCUCAGUCCUUCUUCCUCUCAGGACCACCGCAAACAACUCAGAACCAAAGCAGUCAAGAUGAGGACCAAACUCAGAGCAGCUCCCUAUCCUGAGGUGGGACCUCCACUUGGUAGACAAAAGCAGCCCGCUGGCCUUCUCCAACCAGGAUGCUUGAGCUGCUCCCCACAAAGGGGGCCGUGGAAGGAGAGAUCCCCAUACCCCCUGACCACAUGCAGGGAAAGGAGCUCCAGUUUGAGCCCCGAAGCAGGCCAGGUGACUUGCGGCCCCACUUACAACCUGACCCUCCAUUACCCCUACAAUCACCAACAUCUGGAUGCUCAGAGCCAGCUGCCUAGCUCAGAUCCGUCCUCUCAGCUGGCUCAGCAGAUCAUUGGCUCCCUGCACAGCAGGGGGUCUGUGGAGUGGAACAUCAGCAGGCCCCCAGCACCCAACAAAUACACAGGCCCUGUGUUGACAGCUGACCGGAGGUACCCUGAUGAGAUCUACUAUGAUUCUUCCAGCAGCACAAACCCACCCUCUACCAACAAGCUGAAGGAAGAACCCUACGAACAUUACACACUUGUCCACAGGGAGGUGUCUGAGGUUCGUCCAUACCCUCGUCUUCAUGCCACCAAGGAGAAUAAGCCUUUUGGCCAGGAUGUCCAACAUUAUACAAGAGGUACUGAGGGCCCUCGAAGUGACCGGGCCCUUGCCUGCCCUUUGCUCAGUGGCCUUGUACUGGGUAAAGGUGAUCAAGGUGGCUCGCUGCACAGUGCAGGCCAGCCUCUCCCUGUGCACAUGGCACUAGAGCAGAAGAGAAGGCUGUGUUUGAUGGAGGCUCCCUACAGUCACCCAGCUGCAGGAUAUCCACAACCGACUGAUGGUCGCCAGCAGCAUGGGGCAGCUGCAGAGCUGCAGCCCAGGUCUGCUGAGGAGGACCGGAGAAUGUUGAUAGGUAUGGGUGUUGGGGUAGGACUUCCAGCCCAAUCUCCAUACAUGUCUUUGAAUUUUCAUAAAGUCUGGGGCAAACACAAUCCUAUUAAAGCCACCCCUUUAGCCACACUGAGCCAUAUACCAGAUGGCCACAUUUACCAUGGUAAAGAAACAGCCUCUUACAGCUGUAACAGCCAGAGUCCCAGCUCAGGCUCAUCGCCUGAGAGCCAUAGAGAGAUGCCACAUUACAUUGGCACAUCUGUUAUUAUCACAAACGAGAGGUGACCCAGAACAGAAGCUCGGAAGAGCCAUGACUCUGAGUGCUUCAAAGACUCCAGCCAGACUCAUUUUGCUUGGAUACAUCCAUUUUGCACUUCUGCAGGAUAGCGUGAUACCCAAUAGAACUUUACAGAUGAGUUGUCCUUCAUAUAAAAAAUCAGCCUGAACAUGUUCUUUAGAAAAUGUAAUACAGCUUUUGCCAUAAUUUUGUUAACUUUUUCUUUUAUCAUUAAAAUUAUUCAACCCAAACCCAAAUUUAGGGCCUAAACAUUAUAGGUGAUUUGAACCUUUUUUGUUUGUUUGUUUGUUUGUUUGUUUUUUAAAUUUCACACAUGGAAGUACCUUGUUCAGCUUGGUGGUGACAGUCAGAAGUGUUUAUGCUGAAAAUAUGUGUGUGGAUUUUGGAUAGAAAACACAAGGCGAGAAUGAGAAUCAGUUCUGAGUGAAAAGGAAUGUUUCAUAGUGAUGUCAGGCAUACACUAGUCAACUGAAAAAUCUCUCGAAACCUUUUAAAUACUUUUUGAAAUGAUAUGGUUGUGCAGUGUAGUAUAACUGUGUUUAUGAUAAGGUGCAGCCUCACAGCAUGAGCAGCAGGUCUCUAGUACGACAGCUCUUGAGUUUUAUUUAUCAGGCAAAAAUAAUUAAUGCGGGCAGAUUUUUUUUUUUCUUUAAAUGUACUAUUUAUUCAAAAUGAUAUAUGUAUUGCAUCACUUACCAGGCAUUAACACACACAACAUAUGGUGCAACAAGGUGGGCCAAGACAUUCUCACCCCAAGUAGUCACAUAUUGCUGCUUUGUCAGUGGCCUUUCACAUCUACAUAUUAUGUGCUAGGUAUCCUCCUCUGUCUCUGCUCAGCACAUGGUUAGGUUUAUAAUUUAAAAAAAUGCUUUGGUUUGGUUUGAUUGAGCUGAUGUUGCGGAGCUGUGGCCGUCCAGGUUAUGUAAAGUUGUCAGCACAGACCCUCACGACCUGCUGACUAAGGGGGCUCUGCUUCAGUUGCAGCUCCUGACAGGUUAGGGCUGUGUGAUGGUACAACUGGGGGUCUUGUUUUUAGGUGAUUGUAAAAUUUAAUUUUUUUUUUUUACAUUUUCAAUAUUGGGGGUAUUGGCCAAGUUCAGCAUUAUAGGCACUGUUUGCUAUCUUUCACUGGACAUGCAGGAUGUUCUUACAGAACUCUGUAUGGAAAUAUUUUAAUACUGCUUUGUCCCCUUGAUCAAAUUGGUGAUUACAUUUUUGACUGAACCAAAGGACAGAAUCAUGGCUGUGGUUUUAAAAUGAAUCUACAUUCAUACGGUUUGUUGGAGCCAUCCACCACCCCCUCCUGCCUGCUCUGUAACGACUCUAGCUGUUUAUAUGAAGUCCUCACCAGCAGCGUUUCAAAGUGAUGCUGUCCAGCAGCAGAUCAUAUUGCCACGAAAGGUGCCAUCUAGUCAACCAGUGGCACACCAUAACACCACCAAAGGUUAUAUCUGGCUGCGUUACAAAUUGAUGCUGCCUGGCAGCAUAUCGUACCGCUUUGAAAGGUGGCUUUUGCCGUUGCUGUCUGAUGCCGAUUUUACUGACAGAGCAGCAGUUUUUGACGACUUUGGAAUGAGAACAGACUUAGAAUUGGUUAUCAUAGAAACAUGUUUGUCUACUAUAAAAUAAAGAUUAUUUUAAAGGAAAA